AUGGGAAUUUGGAUUCCGGCUCUAGCGACCGGCUUCUAUGCUCCGGUUGAUGCUGGGAACAAAGGAAUCUUCUUUUUUGAAGCGCUUGCAGUUCUGUGCGCUCUUCGGUUGCUUUCCGCGUUUCUCCCGAACUCCUCUCGCGUUCUUAUCUAUUGCGACAACCAGAACUCUGUCCACCUCUUUUCCUCCUUUGCUCCCAAACCUGCAUACAAUCCUAUCACCCGUGCAGUGGUCGACACAUUGCUAGCCAACAAUUGGGACCUUCGUGUUAGGUGGCUAUCGUCCGAAGACAACGCAGUUGCCGACGCCGUUUCUCGCGCCGACUUUACUCGGGCUCGGCAGCUUAUCCCUUCUAUCGUGUUUGAAGACUUCUCUCCACCU